AGAACCCCAACAUAUAAACUUGGCAAAGUCCGAGUUGUAUCGCCUCAUUUACUUGUUGGAGCCUCUUACCUUUUUAUUUGUUGCAGCACCCUUUUGGACCACAGCACACCUAAUAUCUUUCAAUCCAGUCAACACAAAACAACCACACAGCUCCUUAUACACUGCUCUAUUUCGAUAUCCUAUUUCUACGUUUCUAUCUGUAACACCUUCCCUUGUCAUGGUACGUCAGCGCGCCAACUCAAUCACGGCCUAUAGAGCCAGCAAAGAAGUACCAGAAACACCACUCACACCUCGUACACCUCGCUCGCCACAUCUCCAUCGUUCCCGUUUGCUUUCACCAACGUUAUCCACACGGACAGCGUUAAAGCGUAGCCAUGAUGAUGACAUCGAUAUCGACGCCGACUUUACCGACACACAUAGACUGGCAAGCCUACCUAACGCCAACCCAACACCGUCUGAAAUGUUAUCCUUGGACAUGCAUACCUUGGCUUUACACCAUAUUAUUGGCCCUAAUAAUGGUAGCAGUAGUAGUAGCCGUAGAGAUAGCGGUGUCGGCGCGCGUGAUUUAUCAACACCUUCUGCUAAGCUAUCAGAUCAAGGAAUUGAACACAUGAGCCUUAGUCUGCCCUUCGAGCAGAUACGUCAGUCUCCCCGUACUUUGUUGUCUCCGCGCAAAACAACCCCCGUCAAGAGCAACAGUAAUCUCAGAGAUGAGGAUGCCAUCUCAGCUGUCUCAGAGUCUGCCCACGGGUACGCUGCUCGGACAUCCACUCAACAACAAUCAUCGCCAUUACAGCUACUACCAUCAUCAAAUGGUGGCUCGAAUAAGAUUCAGACUACGCCUGUCAAGGCUCGAUCAUCCUUCAAGAAUAAAUUGGCAACACCACCUAAUUCACAGCGCUCGACCUUGCUCAGUCCACCUCGGAGCCAGACACGUUCGCAGCAAAAUCAGUUUAUGACCGAUGAGGCCAACAAUUUAUUUUUGACACAGUCACCACGAGCCAUCCGAACACCACGUCGCCUGCAAGGUCAAGCCAAUGCUAGUCCAUCCACUGCAGGAGCGAUAACAGCGGCUAGCUCUUCAACGAGCACUAGCGCAGCUACAUCUGCUGUAGCACCUGAAUUCGAAGACUGUGUCAGUGCCAACUCUGAUGCCGCUAUUACCUUCUGGCAGGAUGACGGCACUAUAUCCCAUAUUGGUCUAGAUUUCACAGAGGAGGAACCAGUUGAAACCGAGUCUAUCCAAGGCUCUGUUGACUUGGAGAAGGAAAACAUUACACCAAAGAUGUCCGAUGAUUCUACAAACCCCUUUUAUGUUGGGCCUUCUCGACGCCAAACACGCUCCUCAUAUUCCAAAACGGAUGGGUGCACGACACCUACUGGACCUUUAACAGCAAGUUCAGGGACAAUUACUCGUUCCAAACGACUUGCCUUGGGGUCCAUCUCACCAUGGCGAUGGAAUACGUUUGCGGACCCAGCGGUCCUUGCAUCUUUACUUCAAGUCAAAGGAUCCAAGGGACUUGGAGAUGUCGCAGGUUGUAAAGGAAUGUCUGAAUGGGUAGAGUCUAUAUCGCAGCAAAAAGGUGGUGCCUCUGUCAUGAUUCCCAACGAUCUAUCCGGUGCUUCAUCAUCUUCUGGACCCGGCUCAUCAUCUUCUAAUGCUAAAAACCGAGAAACCGUCGCCUCUAGCUCCAUACCUUCAUCAUCAACAUUAUUUGGGCCUUUACUCCCUGGCAGGAGCACGAAUACAGCGCCCAACUCUUCUACGACUGCAACUGAAUCUAAAAAGCUCCCAGCUGACCAUCCUAACUCUAUGGAAUCUGCAGAGCGCAGGAGUGGACCUUCAGCAGCCUUUGUUGCAAAAGUGACUGAGACGGUGAUUCAACCCAACUCGGUGGCAUUUAACCGGCGUGCACAACGAUUAGCAGGACGGAUUUCUUAUUGGAAGCACGGAAGCACUCAACUGCUUAGUGAACAGGACAGGCAGCAAUGGCCAGGAGAGUGGAAGUUUGAGGUCUAUCAGGACCCAGAAUCGCCAAAUUCACCCACAAAUUUUGGUGAAGGAAGCAGUGCCAGUGCCAGUCAUGCCUUUCCUCUAUCAGACAGCUUUAGCGUUGCAUCUGCGCCCGUUCCUUACAAAGGCAAGGGUAAGUUGACAGAACGUCAGCUUAGUGGUCCAUCUUCAAAAAGAGCUCGGAUCCACCGUGAGUCCCUCAGUGGGGGUUGCCCAGAAUCCGAUCCAACGCCGGACCAACAUGAUGGGGGGCAAGAGGAGGAGGAAGAAGCACAGCUUCCACCAAGUCCGAGUCAUCGAGCUGCAGAUCGACAAGCUCGACUUAAGGAUCGUUAUGAUUUCAGAGAACGGCGACUCUUGAACUCUCCUCUCACAUCUCAAUCGCGACGUCUAUGAGAAAUCUUUUUUUUUUUUUUCUUCUUAUUAUCUCUUCUUUUUCUUUCUCUUUUUCCUUUUUUCCUUUCUCCCUUUCUUUCUGGCAUAUUGCCUGAUUGGUCUUUGACUUCACACGUAUCUGUAGUUCUAGUGUUUGUAAUUUUUUUUUUUUUUUUUUUAUUUUUUUUUUCUGUCUUCUUCAUUUGUAUAACAACCAAUACAUGUAACACUUUUCACAUGUAUAUCUUAUACUUGACUUUUUUCAGUUCGGUUGGACUAUGUACAAUGUACAUUUAUUCAUUCCAACGAUCUUGGAAAAAGUCACUCACUGGGUGAAUGUAUACCCCUCCCCCUCCUAAUAUCAUGUACAUGUACUCUGUGUCUAUUUGAUUGUACAAAAGAAAACCGAAAAGUAUUCAACAUAUUGUUGCUUAAUAAAUAAAAAUUAAUUAUCAUCAUUGUUGCUUACUUCUUUCAGCACACAGCCACGCUUUGUUUUUAUUUGAAAA